AUGAUAUAUCUCAGUUUAGGCGAGGGCAAAAUCGACGCCCUCAAACGCAUAGAAGUAUCGUGGGAAUCUCGCAGUCUGUGAUCUAUUCCUAACAAUAUCGGAUAGACCUGGUUCAACUGAACAUCACGAUCCUAUUCGAAUUUAUCGCUUCAAGUAAAGGUGACAACGAUGGAACUUUGUCAAAUCCCCCUCGCUUUUUAUUUUCUUUUUCUUUGUGUAGCUCAACAAGCUGUAGUAGCGGUUGAUAGCCAGUGCGAGAGCGGGCCUGACAUAGCAUUCAUUUUGGAUGCAAGUGGAAGUGUAGGACCUUACUAUAAGGACAUCCAAAGAUUUGUCGAGGCAGUUACUCGGAAAAUCCUUAUGAAAUGCACCAAGCUUGAUGCUGCCAUAGUUUUAUUCGGUGAAAGGGCCACUGUGGAAAAACACUUUUCCCAGAAAUUCAGUUUAUCUGAGUUUCGUUCUAGAUUAUAUGGUGCUGCGCCUCUACCUUUCUCAAGAACAAUGACACACGAAGGUUUAAGAGUGACGUCAGAAGAGGUGUUUCCAUUUUCUCGAAAGAACGCUUCGAAGAUUGCAAUUUUAAUUACUGAUGGGAUGCAAACGCCACCUUACAGUCCAUUUGAGGCCGCGCGGAAACUAAAGGAGCAAGGAGUUCGCCUUUUUGCUGUCGGCAUAGGUUCUUCUUUAAAGCGCUAUAUGGCACGAUUCGCCGAGAGAGGAGAAGACGUGAUUGUUAUG